AUGGCUUCACGCUUUCAUAUCUCGAUCUUAACUCUCACCGUGACAACUCUCAAGAGCACCCUCCAUAUCGCUAGCGAGUGGACCCAGGAGCUGCGACAGCAAUACGACACGCUGAAAGAAAAAUCAGGACAGUCCACAUACCGAAUGGAUCUCUACGGCCUCCUAGUAGACCACACCGAAGAUGAGACUCUCUCCAAAUUCUGGGAUCAAACAGUCACUAAUUUCGCAUCUACCGGCACCGCGGAGGUUCUUGUUCGUACUGGAGGGUUCUCGACGCGCAAGUUGCUGGUCCACCUCUUAGAUACCUUUCAGAUUCUUCUUCAGGUCACGGAAUCUCUAGAUGCGAUCAAACCAGGUGGUGUUGGACAUGUGACAACCAUCCGUGUUCGGCACCGACAUGCUAUGGUUCAUGGGUGCAUUAGCAACCUGGCAGAGGUGAAGCCUGAUUAUUUUGACUCCGAGAAUCUGGAUUGUAUUCAUUCCAUCUCUACGUUUCGCCGUAGCCAUUCGUGGCUACAGCUUCCCCUAAUGGGUUCUUUUAUCAGUGUAGCCCGAAGCAAAGCUACUAUGGAGAGUAUACUGCUCACAUCACGAAUCAACCCCAAUUCUCAUAUCAAGAGUCACAACUUUGUCGAGUGUCUGAAAGAUCUGCCUCCCGUCAACAUGUCGGUCCUCAACGGUGAUGAGUUUUGCGACCAGCUGGGGUUGGGAAAGCCCAGAUCGUACUCCUCUGCAUGUUUCAAAGGAUUCAGCUGGUUAGUCAGUUCUCUCGCCUUCAUGCAGGGAAUGAGCUGCACGAUUGACCGGAGUAUUACGGGCUUCUUCCAACGAGCACUACACCACGCUGUCAUCCAGAGCAUAUCCGGGCUGGCAGGAGGAUCCAAGCUUCAGUUCAAAUACACUCCCAAAAUUGGCAAGAAAAUGGGCAAGGAGGAUAAUGAUCGAUCGACCAUUUUCUUGCCUUCAGCUAUUGGCUUUAAGCGGUCUCGCUGCUUCGCUUACUCUCAUCCAAAGCCUCCAAUACGUUUCCCCUUUUAA